GAUUAGUUUCAACAAAAAAUACGCACCUACAACAUCGUACUAAGUAAGUAAAAAUGGUUCUUUCUAUGGAUAGAUGGGCGGGCAAACUGGCCAUAGUAACUGGCGCUAGUUCUGGAAUCGGUGCCGCUGUUGCAGAUGCUCUCGUCGAAAAAGGGUUAAUCGUACUCGGUGUAGCCCGUCGCUCUGAACGUAUAGAACAACGUGCCAAGCAACUCUCAGGUAAAAAAGGAAAACUCCAUGCCAUCAAAGCUGACUUGACCAAAGAGGAAGACAUCCUGAAAGUUUUUAAAUGGUCUAAAGACAAUUUGGGACCGGUUCAUAUUCUAGUCAACAAUGCCGGAAGAGUUGCUCAUACAAACCUAACAGAAGGCAAAACUGAAGACUGGAAAUCAGUUUUUGAUUUAAACGUCUUAGGGUUGUGCAUUGCUACACGAGAAGCUGUCAAAAUCAUGAAAGAAAACAAAAUCAACGGCCAUAUCGUACACGUUAACAGCAUUGUGGGACACCAAGUGGUGAACUAUCCAGGUCUGAACGUUUACCCUGCGUCGAAAUUUGCUGUAACCGCUCUGACUGAAACUUUGAGACAAGAAUUAAACCACCAAGGUCUUAAAAUCAAAAUUACUAGUGUUAGUCCUGGUGCAGUUGAAAGCGAAAUGAGUACUUUAAAUCCGAAUCUAACUCCGGAGAGAAAAGCUGCUCUGGAGAAGAUGCCUAUACUGAAAUGUGAAGAUAUCGCUGAUGGUAUUGUGUACGCCCUGUCCACGCCGGAACAUGUUCAAGUCCAUGAGCUUACUAUUAAGCCUGUUGGUGAAAAGGUCUAAGAAAAAUUGUUCUUCGAAACAGACCGACUUCAAGAAAUGUUUGAACUUUAGGUAUAUUCAAACCAAAAGGACGUGUUUGUAAAAUGAUUAAAAAAAUGGUCGAAGGUUUUUUCGACAGAACAAAUACAGCUUCAAUAAAUUA